UAUCGUAGCUACUGAUCGCACUGCAUACCAUUAGUGUUUGAUUGUUAUAUGGGAUUUUGAACAACACAAUCGGAGGUGAUAAAAGGAAAUUGACCGACAAGAAUCUAGAAUUUCGUAACUAUACCUACAGCAAACCAGUUAUGGGUAUUAUUUGCAUACCUACUCGCUCUGGGGUGGUACCUGUCCUGUCAUGUCAGUUAAAAAAGUCACCAUGGGCAAGAGCAAAGGUCACAAGCAGGAGAAAGCACAUGGGAAGCAAGGCAAGGGAGGUAGUCAUCACCACUCAAAACAUGAUCAUCGGAGAAACAGAGUGUCAAAAUUUGACCCAGAAAGAUUUUCAGAAAAUCUGCAAGCUGCUAUUGAUGACACUGCUGAGGCCAAGUUCCCAUGCCCCCCUGGCCAUGUGGGACUUGGAACAGUGUGACCCCAAGAAAUGCUCAGGCAGGAAGCUGGGAAGGCUGGGAUAUGUCCGCACACUGAGACUACAGCAGCGCUUUGACGGGAUAGUGCUUACACCAGUCGGUACAAGAUGUGUGUCUCCAGAAGAUAGUGACAUCAUUGCACAAAGUGGCCUGGCUGUGGUUGACUGUUCCUGGGCAAAAUUGGAGGAGACUCCCUUUUCCAAAAUGAAGGCUGGUCACCCUCGUCUUUUGCCCUAUCUCAUUGCUACCAACCCAAUCAACUAUGGCCGUCCAUGCAAACUGUCUUGUGUAGAGGCUUACGCAGCUGCUUUCUAUCUCACAGGAUUUAAGGAACUAGGAACAAUUCUCCUGUCCAAGUUCAAGUGGGGAAGUAACUUCUACAAAGUGAAUGAAGCUUUGUUGGAGAGAUAUGUGGCAUGUAAAACCAGUGCUGAGAUUGUACAAGUCCAACAGGAUUACCUGGCUGAAAUUGCAGAUGAAAAACUCUCCAGGAAGGACGUAGAUUUCACAGAUAUUGACAUGGACCUAGAUAUGUGCAAUCCAAACAGAGGCUAUGACCUCCCACCAGGCUACAGCUCGGAUGAAGAAGAAACUGAUGAUGACGAUGAUGAGGAGGAGGAUGGUGAAGAAGAGGAAGGAGAGGUUGAAGAUGAAGAGGAGGGGAAAGAAUUAGAUUUAGAUACAGAUGAGAAUGGUGAAGUAAAGGAGAGGGGCAGAGAGGUGGAAAUACCAGACGUUAAGAAUCUGCAGAUUAAAAGCACUGAUGAAGGUGAAUUAGAAAGUCUGUCAGAUUCAGCCCAAGUGGACAAUAUGACCAACAUCAGUGGUCAUUGUGGUGUCUCAUCAGAUCUACCACAUAGCAGUACAGAGACAACCACCACUGUAUCCAGUGUUCAGAACGAUGGUGCUGUUACAGACAAUGUCACGAAAGGUGAAGGACAUACCUAUGAUAAGGGGUAGUGUCAUGUAAUCUCACAACAAACUGUAUUUAUUUUGAAUAAAUAUCUUAUCAAAUGUC